CCUGCUCGGUAGGUCUCGUUAUUCGGACAGUUUAUCUAUCGGAAAUGACAUUCCCGUGCUUCUAAAAAUUUUGCGCGGAUGGACAUCGUAUAAAAUCUUUUCGUAUCACUUGUUAUUUAUUUCUAUACCCAAGUUAUCGUGAUUCGAGCAAUUUGGACAAGUCGCAGAAUUCAAGAUAGAAGAGACGAGAAAAGAGGGAUAUUAGAGGACAAUUCAACAUGAAAGUGCUCUUGCUCUCUUUGUACUUCAGUUUCCUCGCCAUCGGCGAAUCUUACCGAGAGAAAGAAGCACGUUUAAUUCGAAUCAACGGCAACUUGAUUCUUGGCGGAAUAUUCCCGAUGCACGAGCAAGUCGCAACUCUUACGGGCGAGUCUCCGUGCGGUGCGGUGAAAGAAGAGAAAGGUGUGCAACGGCUGGAAGCUAUGCUGCACGCUCUUGAUCUUAUAAACGAAGACACGGAAAUCUUGCCGAAUACUACCUUAGGAGCUCUGAUCAUCGAUUCCUGUAGCAGCGACACGCACGCUCUGGACCAGAGCAUGGAGUUUAUGAGAUCGUACAUGAACAAGGACAUAUCGGACAUUAAAUGCGAAGGCAACAAAAGUAUGAUUUACACCCCUAUUGCCACUAAGCCUGUAAGCGGCGUGAUCGGCGCUUCCUCGAGCGUAGUGUCGAUUAUGAUAGCAAACAUCUUGCGGCUUUUCAAGAUACCGCAAGUGAGUUACGCUUCCACUAGUACAGAGCUGUCUGAUAAAAGCCGGUUUGAGUAUUUUAGCCGAGUGGUACCUCCAGACAACUUUCAAGCACAAGCGAUGGUCGAAGUUAUCAGCAUGAUGGGCUGGAAAUACGUUUCCACGGUUGCAGUGGAAGGUGACUACGGCGAGAAAGGCAUUGCAACUUUUACAGCGCUCGCAACCGCAUAUCAGAUAUGUGUUGCGACAUAUCAAAAGAUUAUGAGAAAUUCAAGAACAGAUUUCGACGCAAUUAUCCAGCAUUUACUGUCAAAGAAUGCUAGAGCCGUAGUGCUCUUCGUCGAUGAGGAUAAUGUCAGGAAAUUGUUGCAAGCAACAAUCCGAGCAAAUCGCACGGGAUAUUUUCUUUGGGUAGGCAGUGACUCGUGGGGCGCAAAAGUGCAUCCUGUGCGAGAUCAAGAGUAUACGGCUGAAGGUGCAAUCACUAUCCUUCCCUACAGAAAUGUUCUUGAAGAUUUCAACGAGUAUUUUGUAAAUCUGCGUCCGAAAAUGGGCAAUGAGUGUGGCGGACAAAUUCAAUAUAAUGUUCCGCAUCCGUCAAUGGCAGGAAAGAUCGUGAACUGCAGAAACAUCUGGUUUCGAGAAUUUUGGGCGCAGCAUCACCGAUGCACAUUUGACACGGCGCAGCAUGUUACAUUACCCAAUGUAACACGCUGCACAGGCGUAGAAGAGUUAGUAGAUUACGAGCAAGAAGGUCUCGUUCCUUUUGUUGAGGACGCUGUUUAUACGAUGGCACACGCAAUUCACAACGUAAUCGAUGAAGUGUGCGUGAACGCAAUGAAUACAUCUCAUCAUCUGUGUGAGACUCUUUUACCGGCACCGAACGGCUCGUUUCUUCUUCAACAUAUCCGAAAUCUCAGCUUCAUAGGUCGUCAAAAUACUGAAAUCAAAUUCAACGCCGAUGGAGACGCUUACGGAUUCUACAAUAUAUAUCAAUAUCAAAAGAAUGAGGAUGGCCACUAUGAUUACAUUCUUAUUGGAGAAUGGAAGGAAGAGCUUAUCCUUGAUAUAAAUAAAACUCAGUGGGCAACCGGUGUCGGCGAGCAACACAUACCCAACAGCAUAUGCAGCGAAAAUUGUCCGAUGGGCUAUGUUCGGAAUUAUAUAGGCGGACCUUGUUGUUGGUCCUGUCUUCCGUGUCGGGACGAGGAGUACGUGGUGAAUGACACAUGUAAGAACUGCGAUUUAGGACUCGCGCCAGACGAAACCAAAAUCGGAUGUAUAAAAAUAACGCCAGAAGUGUUACCUUGGAUAAGUCCGUGGGUGCUCGUACCGUUGAUUUGCGCAUCCAUCGGGAUCGUGUUCACGAUUUUCACGCUAUGCGUCUUUUUGCGGUUCAAUAACACACCGGCGAUCAGAGCAUCUGGUCGGGAACUAUGUUACGUUCUGCUGGCGGGCAUUCUCUCAUGUUACAGCAUGAGUUUUGUUAUCCUGAGCAAACCGACCACGCUGAACUGCACGUGUCUUAGGAUUGGUCUCGGGCUUUGUCUGAACAUGUGUUACAGCGCGAUCCUGACCAAGACAAAUCGAAUAUCAAGAAUAUUCAACAAAGGUGGAUCUAAUAUUAAGAACGUUCCUUACACUUCACCUACGAGCCAGGUGUUGAUCACUAUUGGAAUUAUUUCCGUCCAGCUUGUCGGAAGCAUGGCGUGGUUGAUAUUCGAACCACCAGACGUCACGGAAAUAUAUCCAUAUCCGAUGUCGGCGGUGCUCAAGUGCAGCGUAUCGACGUUUUCCUUGAUGAUGUCUCUAUUGUUCAACAUCAUCCUAAUCCUGCUUUGCACGUUUUACGCAUUUAAAACGCGCAAGAUCCCGGCGGACUACAAUGAAGCCAAAUAUAUUGGCUUCACGAUGUAUUCCACUUGUAUCGUGUGGCUGGCGUUUGUACCUAUUUACUUCGGUACUAACAACGAACAUAAAGUUCAAUUGACGAGUUUAAGUAUGUGCGUAAACAUCUCAGCCUCGGUCGUCCUCGGUUGCCUUUUCGGUCCAAAAGUAUAUUUGUGCCUAUUUCAACCACAGAAGAACGUUCGUCGGCCGCAUGUUCUACCAAAUACAGGUUUAUACAGUAGCGACACUCGUGGAGCGUAUAGUAUGCGUUUUGCUGGUCGCAGCGAGACAAUGCAGAGCGUGACCUCGAUCUCACGUAGCAGCCCGUCGAUGUCCCGUGCCGGAGGACGUACGAACGAACGCAAGCAUGGGAACGGUGAGACGCAAGCUGUGGCGAGUCCUUCCAUCGAGGAGACCUCUGUUAACUAAGUUGCUCUCUCAAGCACUUCUCUU